AGGGGCGACCCGCUUCCUAAGUUGCCUGCAGACUCCGGGCGCGAGCUCAGUUUGCGCUGCGCCGCGAUGUCCGGAGCGUCGGCCAGGAGCCUGGGGAAGGGAAGCCCGCCCCCGGGGCCUGUCCCCGAGGGCGUGAUCCGCCUGUACAGCAUGAGGUUCUGCCCGUUCGCCGAGAUGACCCUCCUGGCCCUGAACGCCAAGGGAAUCCGGCAUGAAGUCAUCAACAUCAACCUGAAAAACAAGCCUGAUUGGUUCUUUGAGAAGAAUCCCUUGGGUCUGGUGCCAGUUCUGGAAAACAGCAAGGGUCAACUGAUCUACGAAUCUGCCAUCACCUGUGACUACCUGGAUGAAGCAUAUCCAGGGAAGAAGCUGUGGCCAGAUGACCCCUAUGAGAAGGCUCGCCAAAAGAUUAUUGUUGCGUUAUCUUCUCAGAUACCACCUUUGCUAAUACGCUUUCUUAGAGGGCAAAAUAAGGAAAACUUCGCUGGCGAUAAAGAAGAACUGCGUAAACAAUUCAGCAAGCUAGAGGAGGUUCUGACCAAGAAGAAGACAACCUUCUUUGGUGGCAGUUCCAUUUCUAUGGUUGAUUACCUCCUCUGGCCCUGGUUUGAACGGCUGGAAGUAGUGGAGCUAAAUGACUGUGUAGACCACGCUCCAAAACUUAAGCUCUGGAUGGCAGCCAUGAGGGAAGAUCCCAUAGCAUCACUCCUCAUUACUGAUGCGAAGACCCUUCGAGGUUUCUUAGAUCUCUACUUGCAGAACAGCCCUGAGGCCUGUGACUAUGGGCUCUGAUGGGGGCAGGAGUCAGCAAUGAAAAUAUGUCUGAUAUUUUCCUUCACUAAAAUGAAUAACAACAUGCUUUUAUUUUA